CCAGGCCCAGAUUUCCCAUCAGGAGGCUCUUCUCUUCCUGGGAGAGAAGAAAGAUGGUUUCCCCUGUUCUGAAGAGACUUCAAGCGGCUACAAAGAAAAUUUCUUUCAAGAGACAGUUUCUUAUUUAUCUUCUUUUGUUGAUCCUGGCUUGUUUGAUCACUAUCAUCCUCUUGAAUUGUGUUGUCACAUUUAUUACGAAGGAAAGUUUUUUGGAAUUGCCUGAUAUAAAUUGCCAGAGGAAUCCUCCAUUCCUAGUAAUAUUGGUAUCAUCAGAACUUGGCGCGAGAAAGGCCCGGAUGAUAAUUCGUAAAACAUGGGGAAAGAAAAGAGUAUUAUCUGACAAACUAAUUGUAACUUUUUUUCUCUUGGGAAAUCAUUUCUGGCCAUAUAAACCAUUUAAUGUGACUAUGGAAAGCUUACAUUAUAAAGAUAUAAUCCAAAAGAAUUUUAUCGAUUCAUACAAUAAUUUAACAUUAAAGACUUUAAUGGGCUUUGAAUGGAUUCAUAAAUUCUGUCCACAAGCUACAUUUGUAAUGAAAACUGAUUCUGAUAUGUUUGUGAAUGUCUAUUAUCUGAUAGAACUUCUUCAGAAACAAAAGAGGACUACCCAGUUAUAUACAGGUUCUAUAAAAAUUAAUGAAAAGCCAAUAAGGAAUCCGGACAUAAAAUGGUAUAUAAGUGAAGAGGAAUAUCCAGAAUAUUUUUACCCUCCCUUUUGUUCCGGAACUGGUUAUGUUCUCUCCUCUGAUGUUGUUAGUCAAGUUUAUAUAAUUUCAAAACACAUCACUGUUCUUAAGUUGGAAGAUGUUUUUAUAGGUAUGUGUGUUGCAAAACUUAACAUCCAACCUCAAAAACUUCAUUCAGAACCUGUCUUUUUUCCAGAAAAAGUGAUUUUUUCUCCUUGCCACUACAUGAAAAUUGUUACAAGCCAUUUUAGUACUCCUAGUCAAAUUCUUAUUUAUUGGAAUGCAUUAGAAAGAUAUAUGGAUGAAAAAUGUUCGAAUGAUCAAAAACCUUUACAAUUAGUGUAUGGGACUAAUGACUGACAAACUUGAUUAGAAGCAUACUAUAACUCACUUUACAUUAUGGUUCUGUUAGGGUCUGUUUAGAUAUCAGUCCCAUUGAGUUCAUUUGGAUUGCAAACCUGCUUAAAUGUCUAUAGUUUUGUAACGUUUCUGCAUAUUACAUAGGUUCACUUACUAUAAAGAUUAUAAACUGUGUUCUAUAUUUAUUUAAAUAGCACAAUUGCUCUUUACACAGAAAAGUUUUCUCUUUUAAGCAUUUUGAAAUUUUCUAGUAGAAAGGUAACUUAAAGGUUUUUUUCACUGAAGCUUUUGAAGAAAAAUGUCAGGUAUUGUUAAUUCAAGGGGAUCAGCAAAUGUAGACAUUAUCAACAUUUUAGCAGAAAACAAACAGAUGCUGAAGUUGUAUAAGGCGAUACAGAAAAUGAAAAUUAGUAUUUUGCAUGGAAUCACCAAGUAUUUCAGAAUUUUGGCUUAACAAUGGCCAAGAAAUUGUGUUCAAAAAUUAUAACCAAGAUUUCAUAAAAGCACUGUUGUCCCAUAUUUGUCAAGUUCUGCUUUUUGUGUUAUUAUAAUAUGCUUCUGUA